GUAGUUUCGUUUCCGCCCAAUUUCUUGUGAUGGCGAAGCCAGCAAUACUAGCCUUGCCGACGAGCGGACGAUUUUAUCCGAAACCAGCAGAAACGUUGAUCUGGAUCGAGAAGAUUCUUGUGUUGGGGUUGCUACUGUGGAUAGCGUGAGUUCAUUGCACGCCUCGCGGGCAGCCUCGGUGGACACUGAUGCUAUACGUCGUCUCCUUCGACCUGUUAGAGAAAAGCAUUCUUCUAAAGAGGCAGAGGAGGUGCGCAUCACGAGGUUGCAUCGCCAUGCCCUCCAAAUAUCGUCCGAUGUGGAGUCGUCACUUGACGCAAUUCCAUUGCUGGAGAGUAUCGUACACAGCUUUGUUCUUAAAUCAGUACCCAUUCCAUCACACCUCUUGGCAAUUAAGUUCGCCAGCUGCAAACUUCUCGCGAACUUGUACUUAAAGUCAGAAAACUUCGAGGCCUCUCUAAAGCUGCUAAAAUUGGCCGUGGAGCUAGAUUCAACGGAUCUGAGUAUUUGGCUGAAACUUGCGAGUACCGCGAUAAGACUCUGUCGAAUUUGCCUGGCGACGACUGCGCUGCUGCACAUUCUUGAUGUCCAGCCGUGCCAUCCACUUGCUCUUCACUUGGGCCUCCCCUACUUCCUCGCAAUCUCGGAAUUCGAGAGUACGUCCAUGUGUUCGACAUUCUUUCUUUUGCAUUUAGUUUGUCUGGAUUUGUCAGUUAAAACGCUGCUUCUUGACCCGUACAACGAGCCGGCAAUCUAUUGCAUCCAGAGGAUCCUAGUCCUUCAACCAAAUUUAGACCCCCUCAUUGAAAAGGUCCGUGGUCGUCGGCCGGACAUCCUGUCCAUUGAACUCCCGGAAGCGUCACGCAAGCAGAUAGAGGAGCGCGUUGAAACAAUUCGUGAAGGCUACCUUUCUCAUUUAAGGAAAAUGGGCGAGCGCGAAGUUAUCAAAACCGUUAAGUUUCCAGAUCCACUGUCCAAACUCUCAUGGGAACAUCUUUCUCGAGCCGUUGUAAGCAUGUUCGACAAGUUGAGUUCUGAAAACGCCACAAACUCAAUGCUUGACUUGGGUUCCCUGUUUGAUGGCGGUCAAAUUCCUGCUAAACAACUGCCAGGAGAGCCUAAGUCGCCUAAUCGGGUUCCUGCGAACGAUGCUCCCGGCGCCUGUCCUCCACCGUUGCCAUCCGACGCGAACGCCAAGACCCCGGAGCCGCUGGCGCAGCAACCCGAUCGGGUUCGAUCCGAGACCGCGGAACUUCCUCAACGUUGCGUCGGUGAUAAGGGCGAGGACGAUGAUCGUCCAAGAUCCUCGAAGCGAACUCGCCGAUCAGCUCUGAUGGUGGAUGAUUCCCCGCAAGGCACACAAACGGGUUCGACAGGCAACAUCGGGUUGGCGACUGCCAACGCCAGUCUCCCCUCAUCGACCCCGGCAACCGGUUUGCAGGCCAAUCCCGCUCUCCAGCAGCACACGCGGCAGCAGUGGAUUUCCAAGGCCAACCUCUUCCGUGGCCUUCUCCCAGCAUGCUUCAGAGAUUUGGCUCUACUGGAAGAAAAGGCGCGAAUCCAUGCUUCGGCCGAGAAAUCGGCAAAAAAGCCGGCGCGCGUCAGCAGACUCCCCGUAGUCACUGAGAGCAACUCAGACGAAUCCCCGGUGCCACCUUCCCCUGUGUCGGAAUGUGACAUGGUGACUGAAUUCCUGCGUGUUCUGGCCGAAGACAAGCCCAACAUUGUGUUCCUUGGGAUUGCUCUGCUCCUUCAAAUGUCUAGCCUCACGAAACCCUGGUAUAUUCCUUGUUGUCUUUUAAUCAUUGAAGAACCGUAUCUUGAAACACAACUCCUCAACGGUGUCUUGGUAACCUGUGGUUGCAUGCCUUUUAUUCCUAGGACACAGUCCUUUUCGACGGCAUAUCUGGCCGUUGCGGCUCGUGUUCGUCCGUGUCUCCCCACUUGGGAUCCAGACACCCUCCCAAAAGGUAAGGUGCCCCGCCAGCCGGUAGGGGACACCCUUCUCCCAGCCGAACUCCUGCGUCUUUCUGCCCUGCCGAAUUUCGAACUGCUUGUCAAUCUGCACACCGCGUACGCGGAGGUUCGUCUGGACGCCCUUGCCACUUGUCAGAGGGCCUCUUCGCAAAGCCUAACACCGCCUCGUGAUGUCGAGUUGGAGGCCCUGCGCAACGCCCUCAAAUCCGACACAGCACGGUUCGUAGCUUAG